AUGGGCUAUUCACAAUCAAUAAUAGCACUUAGCGUGAUAGCAUUUGUUGUACUUCUACCGCCAUUAGCAUGGCACUCAUAUACGAGGAAUACCCCUGCCAUAAUUUUAAUCGUGUGGCUACUACUUAUGAACCUUAAAGCCAUAGUGGAUGCGGGCAUCUGGGGUGGUGCUGAUUAUCAGCAGAAAUGGUUCGGAUAUGGCUGGUGUGAUGUCAUGACAAAACUUCAAAUUGGUGCCAAUGUCGGCGUAUCCUGUGCUGUUGCCAAUAUCGCAUUCAACUUGCAUAGAAUAUUAAAAGCUAAUAAAGAAAUCCCAGAUAACCGUUCAUGGAAAAAGAUUCGUGUGGAUCUCGCUAUCAGCUUAGUAUCCCCGAUUGUUAUCAUGAGCUUGAUUUAUCUCGUGCAAGUUUUCAGAUUCGGCAUAUUCAGGUAUAAUGGGUGCCAAAGCAUGUUAUCCCCAACUUGGGUCACUACGGUUUUAUACACCGUAUGGAUGCUUGUGUGGUCACUUAUAGGGUUCAUAUAUGCUUCACUUCUACUUUUCGUAUUUUACAAGAAGCGUAAAGAUGUCAGGGAUAUUUUGCAUUGCACCAACUCAGGAUUGAACAUAUCACGCUUUUCGAGAUUACUAAUCUUUUGUAUGGUUAUCAUCCUGAUCAUGUUUCCGUUCUCUAUGUAUUCAUUCGUUUCGGACUUGAAGAACGUCAGCCCCACGUACCGUCAUUAUAGCUUCAAAGAAACGCACAAUAGUGCUUUAUGGAACGUGAUAUUACAUUUCGAUCCUGGUCAACCAUUGUACAGUGUAUGGCUGUACAUAGUUAUGUCCUACCUGGUAUUCUUAAUAUUCGGACUUGGAUCUGAUGCAUUAAACAUGUAUGCAAACUUCCUCAGAACCAUCGGACUUGGUGUAGUGAUUGAUUCUAUUACGGAUUGGAGAAUCAAGCACAAGGAUACGCGCGUCGGUAAAAUCACUGAAAAGAUUCUACCUAACAACCCUCAACAGCAGGACAAUUACGCCCAAUUCUAUUGCGGUAGCUCAUCUGAUGGUGUCGUGACAAUGUCCGAUUAUUCCGAAAAGAUGGACUCCCCAAGUUCCCCAUCACAAUUUGAAAUUGAUUAUACGUUACCCCAUGAAAGAAACAUGAAGAACUAUGAUCCUCAUAAUCAAUAUGAAAUAGAUCCUAAAUUAUCGAUAUUUUCCCAUUCUAUCUCUCAUGACAGCGAUGCAUCAUCAGAACUUGAUACUCCAAAUGCAAUGGGUAACGAAUCUAAUCAGUUGCAAUAUCACUACAGACUAGAUCGUCGCUAA